AUACUCGCUCGUACGAAAGUUUUACGAAGCGAAAAUCUCGAGCAGAACAGUCCAGAGAGGAUAUGGACGCCAUGACCAAGCAGGAGAUUUUGCUCGAGAAGAAGCGGGUGAUCACCGUCCAGGGCCGCGACAAGGCCGGCCGGCCCAUCGUCCGCAUCGUCGGCAAGAACUUCCCUGCGCGGGAGCUGGGCGGCGGCGGGCACGCGGAGGCGGCGCUGAAGGGGUACGUGCGGAGGCGGGUGACGCCGGCGAUCGGGGACGCGGAGUUCGUGGUGGUGUACAUGCACUCCGGCGUGGAUCGCCGCGAGAACUUCCCCGGCGUCGGCGCGGUCCGGACGGCGUACGAGUCCAUGCCGGCGGCUGUCAGGGAGAGGCUACACGCCGUGUACUUCCUUCACCCGGGGCUCCAGUCCCGCCUCUUCUUCUCCACCCUUGGCCGGUUCCUCUUCAGCUCAGGAUUGUAUGGGAAGCUGAGGUACGUGAGCCGGUUGGAGUACCUGUGGGCGCACGUGCGCAAGGGGGAGCUGGACGUCCCGGAGGCGGUGCGCCGGCACGACGACGAGCUCGAGCAACGGCCGCUCAUGGACUACGGCAUCGAGGCGAGCGAACGGUGCGGCGUGUUCGACGCCGCGUCCAUGGACACCACCGCGUCACUGCAUUCGCUGCGCUGCGCCUCCUAGUGGGCACCGGUCGUCAGUCGCGGCCACCGGUAGUUGCUCUGGUUUCGAUGACCAUUAUAGCUGCUCUGUUUUGGUGUACCUGGGAACUGGAAAGUCUGUACAAAUCGGAGUGUUGGCGGGAAGUGCGCGAAUGAUAAGAUGAAAUGGUCCGAGUUUUGUCA